GAUAAGAGUUUCGGUUCGCAUCGCAGUCUCGAAGAAACCACAGUCGCAAUUGAUAACAGGUGCUUAUAAAUGCGCAUCCUUUCGUCAUAAUCCAAAUCUCCAAAUGUAACAUUCCCACCCAACAUCGAUGGAAGUCAACCCACUCAGCAUCAUCCUGGUGAAAUCGGACAGCAAAGGAGACCGGCUGUUGUUUCGCUAUCCGUACAAUGUUCCGCAGCAGUUUCAGGCCAGUGUGAUUCUGGCCCGGAAAACACCCUACUCGAUAGUGAACAGCGCCGAUGAUAUCCUGCAGAAUGCACCGCCUACUGUUUCGAACAUCUGCUUCGAUCAGCUGUAUGGGAUUUCGGAUGACGUUCUUGCCACCCUGUUUGCCGUCAAAUCCGAACUGUGUAAUCAGAAGUUUGAACUCAAGGUCAAUGACGUGCGGUUCGUUUCGCACCCGACACUGGUCAAGCUGGACGGGGACGAUCAGAAAAGCUCGGCCUACUUUCGUAUCAAUGUGGUUUUCGCGCUGCAUGCUCAGGCUAGUUAUUCGAUCGUCAAGUGCUACUACGAGCUGAGUAAGCGGAUUGGGGUUGCUUUGUUGUAUGAGGAGAAGCGCGCGGGAUAUCUCUCGAACGAGAUGAAAAUGAUGGUGGCGAGCAUGGAUGAGGUGGCUGCGGCAGCACAAGAACACGAUCAUGCAUCUAGUGCUCCGUGCGGAAAUGUGUUCGAUACCAUUCUGCGGGAUUGUACUUUGGCACAGUUUAUCAAAACCAUCUAUCAGGAUCUGAGCACAACGGGGCUGUUGAAUGUCACGCUGAAUCAAUCGGUUACGUUGAGUUUCUGUCUACCGCAGAAAGCGCAUCAGUUUCACAAGAAAGGAGUGGUGAUCGAGCCUGAAACUAUCGAUCGGUGUUUGCAUGCUCUGAAACCGUAUCAUGGCAUGCUGCUGUUAGUCGAUCCGUCUGAACUGUUGGACUGUGUGCCACCUUCUGGUGCUCGCAUGCUUCUGCAAUUGAUCGAAGCUUACAAUCCGUUGAAAAGUUUACAGAACAUGGCUUCCGACGCAGAUCUGAUGAUUGAUCACGUGUACCAGUUGGUUGGUCACUUAGUUUACUGGGCCAAAGCUACCAUAAUCUAUCCUCUAUGUGAAACCAACGUAUAUGUAAUAGCUCCGGAUGCCCAGUUGAACAUUCACUCGAACCUGUCGGAGAAGUUCUCAACCAAAUUCCCCGGCAUGUCUCUUUUCGAAGUGAUCAGCGACUUUUCGCUGCCUACUUCGAUCGGCCACCUUACGACGCCACUGCAGCAUCCAGCUCGUCAGGGUAGGCUGGCGCAAAUGGUACUGUGGAUGCUGCAACAUCACUUGCUAAUGCAGCUACAUACGUACGUUCAAUUCAUCGCUUCCUACGACGAAGAAGAUAGCGUGCCGCUUGAAAAUGGACACCAUGACGCUUUGAUGGGCGUUAUUGACGAAAAGCGGGCGAUCAACAAUAAUGGUAGUUGCUGUUCGCUUCCGGCCACCUCUAGUCAACCGCUGGCCGUGCCAGCCAAUCGCAAACAUUCCCUCUCGGAAGACCUAUUUCCGGACAGUUUAACCCUGGCGACGUCGCACACGCGACCGUCCUCCGCUAGUCACCGUUCGAACAUCAGUCACUCGAGCGUCGGCCAG